UAAAAAAGAAGAAAGAAACAAGUUACUUGUAUUGCAUGGAAGCUGAGAAAGAGUACAAAAAACUGUGAUUUCUGUGAAGGUUGGGACAAGGUAAAGCCAAGAAUGAGUGAAGGUGGUGAUCAAGGUGCUCCAAAACUGUACAAUCACAAGCCCAGAAAAGCCCAACUGAAGCAAUCUAAAGGGCAACAUAAAUUCUCUUCGCCGCCGGGGAUGGGGACUCAGACGACUGCUCCGCCGCCUCCUCCGCCGCCCAAGGAAUCGUUUGCUCGGCGCUAUAAGUAUCUUUGGCCUAUGCUCUUGGCGGUGAAUCUUGGUGUCGGAGCUUAUUUGUUUGUGAGGACUAAGAAGAAAGAUAUAGGGGAGGAGGAACAAGAUGCUAGUCCAGUUCCAGUUAAAGAGACUGUGGCUCAUGUUGCCGAGACACGUGUGUCUCCAGCACCUAUUGCAAGUCCUGUGAUCGAAAGAGAACCAAUUCCAGUGGACCAACAACGUGAACUCUUCAAGUGGAUAUUGGAAGAGAAGAGGAAGGUCAAACCAAAAGAUGCAGAGGAGAAACGGAAAAUUGAUGAAGAGAAAGCUCUGCUUAAAAAUUUAAUUCGGUCCAAAUCUAUCCCAAGUAUCUGAUGAUUAUGUUGCUCUUAUCUUUGUUCAAAGAGAGAAAAACAAAAAAAAAGUUUUUAAAUUCAAAUGCACUUUUAUUGAUUCCUUCAAUGCUUCUCUUUUUUCCGUUUACUAUAUUAGUUGAUGGAUUUUAGAUUGUACAUUUGUUGAAAUUUGGGAGUUGAGUCCCCUAAUGUCCUAGUUUAUCCUUUGCAAAAUUUGGGCUAUGGUUGAUUACACUUGAUGCUUAUACCAAUGUUUAUGUCUAGUUUUUUUCCA